AAGAUGCAGUGGCAUCCUGAGCAAAGCCAGUGGGCUGAACAGCAUUUUGAUAUCUCCUCGACGACAUGCUCCCCAGCCCACAAAGCUGAGCCCUAUCGUGUUGUACCUGGACACCUUCAGUGCUCUGCUGCCUACCAGUAUGCCUGGGCGAACGAUGACAUCUCAGCCCUCACAGCCUCCAACAUGCUCAAGAAAUACGCGGAGAAGUAUUCAGGAAUCCUGGAGUUGCCCAUGUCGUAUCCCGAAGUCCCCAGUAUUCCAAGAGGGAUAAACGGACGGAAGGGUGAAUCAGAACCCUGGCAAGAUGGUGUCUAUCCAAUGAGCUGCAUACCCGACGGGGUUCCCACCCGCAAGGGAGGCGUUACAGCACCUUCUGAAGUGGUAACUGGUUUGUGCAGCUCUCCUGGUCUUGCCUCUAGCAACCUGAGUGAGCCUAGCUACUCAAACAGCAGCUGUGGUAGUCACAGUGCCACACUCCACUCAUCCUCAUUGCCUUCUCAGGAAUUUGGUAUUUCUUACAGUGGUUCCUACUUGCACAGUAAUUACAAUUCCCAGUCAGUCCCUGUCCCUGCACAUCCCUCCCCAUUGCACAGCUCUGGUCUUCUGCAACCACCUCCGCCGCCCUCCCACUCCUCUUUAGUCCAAGCUUUCAAUGGAGGCUCCCAAAACUUGUCUAAUUAUAAUUACUCUACUCCAGGAUACCCUGCCCAGAGCUCAGUUGGACCUGGAUACAGCACUGGGGGAGUGCCCCCACCAGCCUCAUAUCUUCCCACAGGCAUUGCCACACCAACACCCCUUCCCCCUUAUCAAUACCAUAACCAUAACUUGGCCCCAAUCACCCCGGGUCCUCUGAACAGUUGCUCCUCCAACUUGCUGAAGAGGAAAGCCUUCUACGUGACAGCCCAGGGAGAUGUAGACUCGUCUUAUGCAAACUAUGGCUAUGACCAGACACGCAGUUCAACUGAGAGCCCAAUGUACAAGGUGGCUGACAGUAGCAGCACAAACAGAAGCUGUAAUAGUCCCACUGGCAGUGGUUUUGAUCGGAGUGUUGAGAAGCCAGCUCUACUUUUUAAUCCACAAAAGCAGUCCGCAAUGCCUUCAGAGCAGCAGAAGCAGCAGAGAAAAUAUAGCAGCCAGGCAACUAGCAACCCAUUAUCUCCAUCAGCCUAUGUUUCUUCCUCACUCGUGGGUUCUCGCAUGGCAGACUCUCUUGUCAGCUUCAUAUCGCCAACCCCCGGUGAUCAAAGUGCUGAAGCUCAUCGUGUCCGUCACUCCCACUCAGGGGCUUCCUCUUCUUCAACCAUGUCCUCCUCACGCUCUGCUGAAGAGCAACUAAAAUCCUGUGACCCUCACCUCUUGGACAUGGUUACCUCUGAAAUUGUUCAGCAGGGUCCUCCCAUUGACUGGAGUGACAUUGCAGGUUUAGAAUUGGCCAAAGCAACCCUUAAAGACGAGGUUCUGUGGCCCAUUCUACGCCCUGACAUAUUUAGAAGCUUAGGACACAUUCCACGUUGUGUUCUGUUGUUUGGCCCAAGAGGGAGUGGCAGGACGAUGCUUGCCCGGUGUGUGGCCAGCCAGCUUGGGGCAUCAUUACUUCGACUCAAUGGGUCGACUUUAGUCACCAAGUGGCUGACAGAUGGGGAGGAAAUAAUCCGAGCGUCCUUCCUAGUAGCUUGCUGCCGUCAACCCUCUGUACUCUUCAUUAGUGAGGUGGACAUGCUGCUUUCAGCACAGUUCACCGAAGGAAGUCCCAUCAACAGACUAAAGGGGGAGCUACUUUCCCAGCUGGACUCACUUCUAAUGGGCUCAGGUGUGGAUGGAAGACGUCAAGUAUUAGUGUUUUGCUCUACAAGCAGGCCCCAGGACAUAGAUGAGGGGUUGCAUAGGUACUUUGCUCGGCGCAUUUUGGUAUCCCUGCCUGAUAGUGCGGCCCGGCACCAGAUUUUUAAACAGUUCCUCGCUCAAUCCCAGCACAAAUGCUGCAUUAGCGAGGAGGAGCUGACACUGCUGGUCCAACACACUGAAGGUUUCUCUGGACUUGACCUAUCUAGACUUUGCGAGGAAGCCCGUGUGGGUUUGUUACACAUUUCCACACAACAGAGCAUGGAAAUGUCCAAUAUGAUUCGGCCACUAACCUACAAGGACUUUGAGCGGGUCUUUUGUAAAUUGCAUGCAAGUAUAUCGCAAAAAGAGAUUGACAUGCACAUUGAAUGGAACAAGAUGUUUGCCUGUAGACAAUAA